AUGGACCGCUUUGCACUUGAUAAGAUUAAAAAUGUGAUGGACGAUGCGAAGAGUGCCGUGAAAGCCAAGAUGGGAACUGACGUCGAACGAAAGAUAGAGGAAGCACUAUCAAAUAAGAAUUGGGGUGCUUCUAGUACCUUAUUGAAUGAGAUUUCACAACUUACUUAUGAUUUCGAGUCCUAUGGAGUGAUUAUGCGUAAAAUAUGGGAAGCUAUGGACGCUGAAGGACGACAAUGGCGCUCGGUGUAUAAGGCACUGAGUCUUUUGGAACAUUUAAUCAAGAAUGGCACAGAACGUGUGAUCGAAAACGCACGUGACCACAUGUUUAAACUGCGCCAUCUCUCAAGUUUCUCGUACCAUGAUGGAUCGAUCGACAGGGGUAGUGGAGUUCGUGAUAAAGCCAAACAAUUGGCGGAUAUGCUGAAUGACAAUGAUAUGAUUCGUACUGAACGCGAGAAAGCAGGACGUUUGCGCAACAAAUACGUCGGUAUUGGAAGCGGAUACAGUGGGGGUGGUAAUUACAGUGGCGGCAGUGGCAGUAGCCACAGUGCAAGCUACAAUGGUGGUGGUGGCAGCGGUAAUGGUGGCGGUCGUGGCAGCAAAGAGAAGGAGUCGAAGCAAAAAGAGAAGGGCUACUCUAGUCGCUACGCCGAUGACGAUCGUGAUGAGGAAAGUGAAGACUCCGAAUCGGAAGAGGAGGUGCCUUCGAAGCGACGAACGGCAUCGUCGAAGCGAAAGGCUGCUGUGAAGAAAGACGAGGAGACUGAAAGCAAGCCCGCAGUCGAAGCACCUCCCGCAGAACCAAAUCUUCUUGACACCGAUUUCUUUAACCCAGCUCCAGUGGCAGCAAACACAUUUGACCCUUUUGCACCAGCGCAAGCGCCCACUGCUGUUGUUUCUCAAACAGCAUCAUUUGCUGCUUUUGAAAAUGCUGUACCGGCGCCACAGCAAUCGUUUGACGCGUUUGGCACCGCGCAGCCUAUGCAGCAGCAAGCUUCAUUUGAUGCAUUUGGGAAUACUGCUGCCUCUGCACAAGGAAAUGUCCAACCGUUUGCUGCGUUCCCUACAGUCCCGGCGCAGCAGGGCUUUGAUGCGUUUGGUCAGCAAGGAAACGCUCCGGCUUUUCCUACCCCUGCCUUUAACCAGCAACAGCAACACCAAUUCGGCCAGUUUGGUGGAAUGCAAGGUAGUGUGCCGCAACCAGUGCACGGUGGCAUGAGUAUGAAAGGCGCAGCACAAAAUCAGUCACGAACGAAUGCGGUCCCAAAGGUGGAGGAAAAGAAGAGCAAUGAUGCAUGGGGAGCUGGUUCAUCGCUAUUUGAUUUAAACAAUCUGCGGAGCUCUUCUAGCAACAACAGCAGCAAUGCGGGCCACCACGGUCAGCAUUCACAUCACCAGCAUUUACAGCAGCAUUCCAAUGCUGGCCGCAACAGCUUCAGUGGCCUGGAUACACUUGCUGGAUUGCCUACCAAGCCUACAAUGGGAGGUGCUGGCGGCAUUAACUCUGUGGGUGGUAUGGGUGGAAUGAACUACGGAGGUAGUGGAAUGGGUCAUGGCGGUAUGCAGCAGCAACACAUGUACGGCCAAAUGGGCCAAGGCCGAAUGACAAUGGGUGGUAUGCAGCCCCGACCUACGAUGGGCAUGGCCAUGGGUAUACAACAGCCAGGCAUCGUUAUGGGUAUGCACCCUGGCAUGGGUGGAGUGAUGAGCCAAGGCGGCUUCAGUGGGAUGGGUGCGAUGCAACAGCAACAACAGCAGCGGCAGCAGCAGGCAUUUAAUCAAUUCGGCAAUUUUAGCUGA